AUGAGCUUGCACGCCUUGUACAACGUGCUGACAAUACUUCUUCACCGACCUUUUGUGACCGACGGGCACCUCUACAACACUUCACGCGCUACCUCCGUAAGCUCAUUCAAAAUAUGUGCGACAGCUGCAGAUAACAUCGUUGAGCUCCUGCGCGCGUACGACAAAGCUUUCAGCGUACGAAAAGCCCCGUACCUAAUCUCAUACGCUACCUAUGUAGCAGCGACGAUACACGCGCGCAUUGCUGCAAAACGAGGAGCCGAUUCCCACGCUCAUGGGAAUCUUGUGGCGUGCUUGGGCGUAUUUCGUGAGAACCAAGAGACAAAUUGGGCUGUACGGCGUGCAAAUGCAGUCGUCCAAAAUCUUAUGAAAAGAUUAGGUCUGGACGUUCCUGAUUUCACCAACGUUGACGGAAUCAACGCAGCAACCCACUGCAGCACAGACAGCUUUUCAAGCCAAUCGAUUGAACAAGAAGAGAGUAUCCAAACCCCCGAUAUCGAUGGCAUCCUCGAAAGCUUCGUCCGCGAGCAGGAAGACGCCCGACUACUGCAAGCGUCACCACAAGCCCGUAAAUCAGCUAACGGCAUAACUGCAGCAGUUUUGGUGCAAACACGUGGUCCUCUUUUGAAGACUUCUGGUGUAUAUACUGAUGAGCAAAUCCCAAUUCCUGUGCAGGACCAUUGUUGUGUAGGUCUACAGAGUCAGUAUUCGCAGGCUGCGGAAGCUUCUAUGCCAGUGGACGACCUACUUUACGGUCUUAAUGGGUCUGCUCUGGAUAACUUUACCUUCUUAGACUGGGAGUCUAUGUGA